AUGGUCAGCAUGCGCGCAGUCGAUAUCAAGGAUGGCAAGGGUCCUGCCACCUCCCUGUUCAUCAAUGAGAUUGAACGUCCCAAGCCCACCGCCGCCCAAGCACUCAUCCGCGUCAAGGCCUUCGGUCUCAACCGCAUGGACCUUCUUCAACGCGAGGGCCAGUACCCCCUGCCUCCUCAGGCACCCAAGACUCUCGGUGUUGAGUUCAGUGGUAUAAUUGAAGAGCUCGCAUCUGAGAGCGAGAGCGGUUUCAAGAAGGGCGACGCUGUGUUUGGUCUGGCAUACGGUGGUGCUUAUGCAGAGUACAUUGUCGUGAGCACCCACAUGCUCGUGCACAAGCCUGAUGAGUUGAGCUUCGAGGAGUGUGCUGGUAUUCCCGAGACCUGGAUUACAGCUCUCCAAGCAAUGUACAUGGUAGCAGACUACAAGCCUGGACAAUCGAUCCUCUGGCACGCUGGCGCAAGUAACGUCUCAAUCGCCGGUAUCCAACUCUCCAAAGUCGACUCUGCAUCCAAGAUCUUCGCAACCACCCGCUCGGACGAGAAGAACAAGUUCGUCGUCGAGAAGCUCGGCGCAACCGCAGCAUUCAAUUCGGAAUCUCAAGAUUGGGCUGAGGAGAUACUGAAGGCCACGGACGGCCAAGGUGUGGACAUUAUUGUCGACUUCAUGGGUGCCGGCUUCUUCGCCAACAACCUGAAGGCUGCCGCCAAGGACGCUCAUAUUGUCACUCUGGCCGCAUUGACUGGCUUAAAUCUGCCCGCUGACACCAACAUCGGUGCUUUUCUUUUCAAGAGAGUGAGACUCGAGGGCUCAACUCUCAGAGCAAGAGACGAAAAGUAUCAGGGCAAGUUGAGAGAUCAGCUUGUCGAGCACGCAUUGCCCAAGUUCAAGGAUGGCACUUUCAAGGCCUACGUGGAGAAGGUUAUGGACUGGGAGAAGAUUGUCGAAGCGCAUCAGCUCAUGGAGUCUAACAAGACCAAGGGCAAGAUCAUUAUGACCAUUGAUUGGUAG